AUGGAGGAUGAAAGCGAGGAUUAUUACGACGUGGAUUCGGAUGACGAGAUGGUGGAUCAAUCACAGGCCGAAGGCUUCAACCAGCUGAGUCUCAUCAUGGCCUCUGCUAACCGCGAUGAGCGACAACUCCGCUCCUUCACUACCUAUUUGAACGAGCCCAAUGUGCUUGCCUCAUACCGUCCUACACUUGGCUCUUCUCCCUUGAAUAACCCAAAGACCGCCCGCAUAUUUGCUCACUUCAUCCACUCGACCGGUCCAUCCUUGUCUAUAUUUGAACGACAUCCUACUGACUCCUCAAUUGUUCUGGGGGCGGCUGUCCCACCUGCGCAACAGGGUCUAUGGGUCUAUACACUUGCCCUCAAAGCUUUGGAGCAUCCAGCCCUCCUCCAGGCAAUACUGGCUGUCAGCAGCUUACAUAUUGCAUAUUUACAGCAAGUUCCCACAACAGUAUCUUUGAAGCAUUAUCACUACGCCCUGAAACGAGUUGGUUCUGCAGUCGGCCUUCCCCUCCGACGCAAGCAAAUCGGUACUUUGGCUGCCACUCUUCUACUUGGCUACUAUGAGGUGAUAUCUGCCGAUCACUCGAAAUGGAAUAACCACUUGGGUGGGUCCACCCAUCUGAUCCGAGAGAUCGACUUUGCCAAGACCACUAGAGACCUACGGGCAUAUCGACGUAGAGCUCACGAGCAGCGACUCCAGUCGGGCUGGACGAGUUCGUGGUGGGGAAUGCCUGGCGAUGUCUCCGAGGACGAUCCCUUCUUUGAGAAAGAGGACAGUGUCGACGAAGAUCUUAUAGGUGCCAUUAUGGGACAAGCAGUAAACUACGACCAUUUCGGAUGCAUCAACGGAAAGAGUGCGCCUCCCUCCAAAACGCAUUUCACCCGCAAAGACAUUGAGGUUUUUCGGAUUCAAUGCGAUCUGUACUGGUGGUACGCAAAGCAAGAUGCGCUUCAGAGUUUCAUUGGCGGGAACAAACUAUUAAUGCCCUAUUCUCAAUGGGGUCAAUGUCCGCCGCGAGCAGGCAUUGGCCGCUUAGAUGCCAUCUACGGCUCCGCAGACCACUUGUGGCUGCUGCUCGCUCGGGUCACAGAUUUUGCUUUGCGUGAUCGCAAGCGAAAAUUGAGAACGCUAAAGGCAGGCGGGGUGGACUGGAAGCCAGGCCCUGAGAUGUUUCAAUUUAUGGGUCGCUUCGCUGGCGGCCCUCCUGGUCAAAGACCUGGACCACCUGGUGGAUUCGGCCCGGGGGGUCCCCUUGGACCUCCAUCUAAGACGCCUAAUAUGCAACCUGAAGGGCACCCCAGGGACCCAUCCAUGGGAGAGCCUACUAGAGCGUCCCCUGCUUCUAGCCCUGGGCUGGCCUCGGCCGACAGUCCUCCAAUGUACGGAAUGAUACCCCCUCAACCGCCUGCACGCCUUCCCUCGGGAUUCCAAGAUAGACCGCGUGAGCCUCGCUUAUCGCCAGACGAGGAUGACCCGGCUCACGACAUGAGUUACAAGGAAGCCGAACAAGAAUGGGAACAGAUCCUGGUUGCUAUGGACAUAUUCUCUCAAGCUUUGGGUCGCGAUUUCCAGCCUUUGCCAGCAGAUGUCGCGCCCCCGAUCUCUACACCGUUCGGUCCGGCCCUCCAGUAUCGUACCCAUACCAUCGCCGUGAUUUGGGGGUUCUACUAUGCCAUGCGACUUCUGCUGAAUCGAAUUCACCCCUGCAUGCCACCGGCCAUUAUGAUGGCAGCUGGGGUAUCUGCUCCAACGACGGCUGGAUUCGCACAGACUAUUGGAAAGAUCCUGGGGGGUGUCUACUAUCCGCAACGCUUUAACCUCGAAGCUGGAAGUUUAAGUCCAAAUUUGGGUUCUGGGUUGACUGACAUGACAGUACCGAUUUUCUUUGCAGCUGUACAAUUUACUGAUCCCACACAGCGGGCUUGGACGAUUUCAAAACUUCGCGACAUCUCUCGUUUGACUGGAUGGAAGACCGCGGAUGCUAUUGCCGGGGGCUGUGAGAAAGCAUGGGUAGUCGCUGCAAAGCAAGGUCGUGGGCCACCCUAUGAACGGUCAUUUGAGAAUGACCGAACCCGGGAAGAACAGGAGCGUAAGACUGAGGCUGUGCUGGAGGAAGUUGAAGACCGCCGCUUUGUGACGGUCAAGCUAGAUCGGGCGCAUUGGGCUAUGGGAAUCUUGGAAGAGGACAUUGCGAAUUUGGAGAUUUAG